GAAAUAACCUCUUGGAUCUUAUGUGGUGAGAUGCAUCUUUGGGAUGGAUUAUCAUUUCAAACACGUUUUCUGUCUACCAAGUGGCAACAGGAUAUACCCUGCAUAUGACAGAGAGAAAAUUUUGAAUGUCUGUAUUGCACUACAAAACUGCUUUAAGAACAUCUAAAUUUCAUGCCAGUAAUCUACAUGCCAGGAAAACUUUGUAGCCUGUUAAUAACAUACAUGCUUUUUAUUGUUAAGAAAAAGGAUUUUUUAAAUGUGUUUGUUUUCAUUCAGCACUGACUUUCUACACUGAAAUCAUGAAGAUCAGUGAAGAAAAACAGAAGAGUCUCUAAAGCCUAUGUGUCAAGAUGACCUCUGAGGAAAAGGCAGCUUCUGUGCUUGUGUCUGUGGUACAGGGUAAAGUGAUAUCUGCUCAGUCAGCUGGAGAUGAAAAUAGUGAAAAUGCUUUGGACACCAGUGUUAUAAAAAGACAUAUUGCUAGUCAAGGAAGGCAGACUACACGCAGUCUCUCGUACUUGCACAGACUUGAAGAAGAAAAUCUUCGGGGCUCACUGCCCAAAAUUUUUUCUUUGGCAAAUGAAAAAAUGACUGAUAACAGAAGCAAUGAAAACUUCUGGGAGAGAAAUGCAUGCAUCCCAGGUUCAGUGGAGUUUCUUAAUAUUAACUGUAACAUUAUAGAGAAAAGCAAGAACAGUAUUCCAUGUAACCAGUUAUAUAAAUCAUGUGAUUCUUUAGUAGGGGAAGACAUGUGCUUGGAAACUGGAAUUUCUACUUCACUGGAAAGAACUAUGUUUGCUGAAAUUCAGUUGAAAAUGGAUGGACCUUCAGUAGAGAUGAAGUCAUUAAGAAACCAGUCAAUAGUAAAUAAAAGUGACACAGAUGAUGCUGAUGAUGUAGCAGUUUUCCACUUUCACUAUGCUAAUGAAAGAAAUAUAUCAAGAGCUCUGUGUGCAUUGCAUGACAGCUUCAUUUUGGAUGACCACUUACAGCCAGUAGAUCUUGGCAAAGAUCACAUGAGUGAUUCUGCAAGUUGUACUUGUAAGUUAAUGGAAUUGGCAAGUAAUUCUAAAUAUAAAAAUGGACAAAUGCUUUGUGGUAACUUUGACCCUUUAAAAGAUAAGUAUUUAUGUUUAGAAAGAGCACGAAAAGUUAAAGUGGCAUGUUCAGAUCACAGUUUCUGUGGAAAUAACUUUACUGGAAGAAUGCUCUCAAAGCCUUUUCUGAGUCAUUUUGAAGAUUGUAGUGAUGACUGUGAUGAAGAGUUGGAGGAAGAUUUCUUUAGAAAUAAAAAGGAGCGUUCUACCUUACUAAUAAGACGGUUUUGUAAAAAUGAUAAGGAAAUUAAAAAAUCAGUGUAUACUGGAACAAGGGCAAUUGUUAGGACUUUACCCUCCGGGCACUUAGGAGCUAUUGCUUGGAAUUUUGUUGAACAGAGGAGAAACAGCAAUGGUUUGAAGCAUUGUAGGAGUACAACGGAACGUUUAACAAUAGUUCAAGCCUUAAUAAGACAGAAAUUUAAUUCCCAUCUUGUGAAAUCCAUAUGGUGUGAGAUCUUCAGUGCAGUGAGAGAAGAAGAGGAAGCAGAAGAUACUCUUAAAUAUUUUCCUUAUCCUCUGAGAAAGCUUCCAACGUUAAAUACAGUUUGUAGAUGCAAAGAUGAUGGCUAUUGUAUAAAAACAUGUGUACAAGGUGCUCACUUUCAAUACCGUACCACUUUACACAGGACUUCGCUCUCUAACAGUAUUACUGGUGCUCUACUAGAAGCAACUACAUCACUGGGAGCAAGAAGUGGGCUUCUAAAUAUAUUGGGAGGAUCAGCUGGAAGGGCGAUGCUUAAAGAACGUCAACCGUGCACAUCGAUGGCUGGUUCAAAUGCUCUCCCUUCCAAUGUAGCUGGUAUCAGUAAAGAGCUGAUAGAACUGCAGCACCUCAUCCAGUUUCCAGAGGAAGUUGCAAGUAUCCUGACCGAACAGGAACAGGAUCUCUACCGAAAGGUCUUACCCAUUGACUACCUCUGCUUCUUAACCAGGGAUCUGGGUAAUGCUGAAUGCCACAGUAACCUUCCAUGCAUAAAAGAUUCCAUAUCUGCAACUAUUCUUUCCUCCCAAAAUGGUGAACACAAUGCUGUUGAAGAUCUUGUAACAAGAUUUAAUGAGGUGAGCUCUUGGGUUACAUGGCUGAUCCUGACUGCAGGUUCUAUGGAGGAGAAACGAGAAGUCUUCUCAUAUUUAGUACAUGUGGCACAAUGCUGCUGGAACAUGGGCAACUACAAUGCUGUAAUGGAGUUCUUGGCAGGGCUCAGGUCUAGAAAAGUUUUAAAAAUGUGGCAGUUUAUGGAUCAGUCUGAUAUUGAAAUCAUGCGGAGUCUGAAAGAUGCUAUGGCACAACAUGAAUCAUCUUCUGAAUACAGGAAAGUGGUAAAUCGGGCUCUGAAUAUUCCCGGCUGUAAAGUCGUUCCUUUCUGUGGUGUAUUUUUAAAGGAGCUUUGUGAAGUUCUGGAUGGAGCAGCAAGUCUCAUCAGACUUUGUCCACAGUAUAAUUCCCAGGAUGAAACAUUAGAGUUUGUUUCAGAUUACAAUGGGCAAGAUAAUUUCUUGCAAAGAAUAGGCCAAGAUGGUUUGAAUAAUCCAGAAAAAGAAUCAACAGCAAAUAGUAUCUUUCAAACUAUUCGGAGUUGUAAUCGCAGUUUGGAGUCUGAAGAAGGAGAAGACAAUUUUAGUGAAGGGAGCAACUCGAGAAAAAACUCUUUGAAGGACAAAACCCGAUACCAGUUUAUAAUUGGAGAUAUCUCAGAUUCAGAAAGUGACAUUUUUGAGCAACUGAAAGAGUGGGAAUCUAAUACAACUGAAGAGCAGCAGAAAGCAUUCAGCCAUGGAAUAGAGCUUAUUCCCUGGUAUGUGUUAUCCAUCAGAGCCGAUGUCCAUCAGUUCAUGCUACAAGGGGCAACUGUCAUACAUUAUGACCAGGAGACGCAUCUCUCAGCACGUUGUUUUCUUCAGCUUCAGCCUGACAAUAGUACUUUGACCUGGAUAAAACCCACCACAGCUUGUCCUGCAAAUACCAAGGCAAAACUGGGCAUUCCAGUUAGCACUGCAGAGCUUGGUAAAUUUCAGUUUCUUGGCAAUACUGGAUUAAAUGCACUAGUAGAAGGUUCCCUGGACAUGUUUUUAAUAAAGGCUGUGUACAUGGGACAUCCUGGCAUUGAUAUGCACACUAUGUGUGUUCAGAAUAAACUUUGUGGUAUGUCCCUUGAAGAGAAUGGCGUAACACUUCUGUAUGGACUUCAGACUACUGAUAAUAAGUUGCUGCACUUUGUGGCUCCCAAAUAUACUGCCAAGAUACUAUAUGAUGGAUUGCUGGAAUUAACAAAAGCUAUAAGAAAAAUGAGGAAAUUCCCUGAUCAGAGAUUGCAGUGGCUACGGAAACAGUAUGUCAGCCUUUACCAGGAGGAUGGCAGGUUUGAAGGCCCAACCUUGGCCCAAGCUGUUGAGCUGUUUGGAGGUAGGCGCUGGAGUGCAAGAAACACAAGUACAGGACUUACAAAAAGCACUGAGAAACCCAAUAUGCAGAGAAACAACACUCUGGGAAUAACCACAACAAAGAAAAAGAAGAAAGUACUCAUGAGGGGUGAAAGUGGAGAUGCUACAGAUGACGAGAUGGCAACUCGUAAGACAAAAAGUUAUAAAGAAUAUCGUAAUAGAAGUGGUUCGGAUCCUCAAGACAUUGAAGAGCAAGAAGAAUUAGAUCAAAAUAUCGUGAUUAAUGCCUCUACCUCUAACACACUGCCCUCUAGAAGAGCUCAGUCCCUGACUGCAUCUGGAUCUCCUAACUUAGCAAUUGCAGCACCUUCACCAGUGAGACCAGUUUCCUCUCCUGUAAUGUCGUCUGCAAGCAAGAGUCAGUCUAGCACAUGGAGCAGCAGUAGCUGGCAUGGCCGAGUUAAAGGAGGAUUGAAGGGGUUUCAGAACUUCAUGGUUUCUGACAGUAACAUGAGUUUUGUUGAAUUUGUAGAACUCUUCAAAUCUUUCAGUGUUCGGAGUCGCAAGGAUCUUAAAGACCUUUUUGAUGUCUAUGCGGUACCCUGCAAUCGCUUGGGCUCUGAUUCUACUCCACUUUAUACCAAUCUGAAGAUUGAUGAAAACACCAGUGGACUCCAGCCUGAUUUAGAUUUAUUGACCAGGAAUGUUUCAGACCUUGGUUUGUUCAUUAAGAGCAGACAGCAACUCUCAGAUAACCAGAGACAAAUAUCUGAUGCUAUUGCGGCUGCUAGUAUUGUAACGAAUGGUACAGGAGUAGAAAGCACAUCAUUAGGAAUAUUUGGAGUAGGCAUUCAGCAGCUUAAUGACUUCUUAGUAAACUGCCAAGGAGAACACUGCACCUAUGAUGAAAUCCUCAGUAUUAUCCAGAAGUUUGAACCCAGUGUCAGUAUGUGCCAGCAGGGACUGCUUUCAUUUGAAGGAUUUGCAAGAUUUUUGAUGGAUAAAGACAACUUUGCCUCCAAAAAUGAUGAAUCACAAGAGAAUGUUGAAGAAUUACAGUUUCCACUGUCAUAUUAUUACAUUGAGUCUUCACACAAUACUUACCUCACAGGCCAUCAGCUUAAAGGAGAAUCCUCAGUAGAGCUUUACAGCCAGGUUCUCUUACAAGGCUGCAGGAGUGUGGAAUUAGACUGCUGGGAUGGUGAUGAUGGAAUGCCUAUCAUUUAUCAUGGGCAUACACUCACAACUAAGAUCUCUUUUAAGGAAGUAGUUGAAGCUAUUGAUCGCAAUGCCUUUAUCACCUCUGACAUGCCAAUCAUCAUAUCUAUAGAAAACCACUGUUCAUUACCUCAGCAACGCAAAAUGGCUGAAAUUUUCAAGAAUGUAUUUGGAGACAAGCUGGUAACUAAAUUUUUAUUUGAGAGUGACUUCUCUGAUGACCCUAUGCUCCCAUCACCUGACCAACUGAGAAGAAAAGUUCUACUUAAAAACAAAAAACUCAAAGCCCAUCAAACUCCAGUGGAUAUAUUAAAGCAAAAGGCACACCAACUGGCAUACAUGCAAGCACAGGCUAGUAAUGGUGCUAAUGUUGUUAACCCCACAACUAAUGAAGAGGAGGAGGAUGAAGAGGAUGAAUAUGACUAUGACUAUGAAUCUCUCUCAGAUGAUAACAUUCUGGAAGACCGACCUGAAAGUAAGUCAACUGGGGAUAAGCUACAGUUUGAAUAUAAUGAAGAAAUUGCCAAGAGAAUAAAGAAGACUGAUUGCAUUACUUACAGCAAUAAAGGAAAGGUUUAUGAUAUGGAAUUGGAUGAAGAAUUUUAUCUUCCACAAAAUAAGAAAGAAAGUAGACAGAUAGCACCAGAGCUUUCAGAUCUUGUCAUCUACUGCCAAGCUGUUAAAUUCCCUGGCCUGUCAACUCUAAACCCAUCUGGCUCUAGCAGGGGAAAGGAAAGAAAAAGCAGGAAGUCCAUUUUUGGAAACAACCCUGGCAGGCUGAGCCCUGGAGAGUCAGCAACACUUGCCAAAGCAUCUGGAAAAGGUCCUUUUGAUGUUGUGCGGCAGACCUGGGAAGAACCUUGUUCCCCUUCAUUCAACCCUACAACUUCUCUCAGUGCAAUCAUAAGGACACCUAAGUGUUAUCAUAUCUCCUCAUUGAAUGAGAAUGCUGCCAAACGGCUGUGCAGACGGUAUUCUCAGAAACUGAUUCAGCACACUGCCUUUCAGCUGUUGAGAACAUACCCUGCUGCCACACGCAUUGACUCAUCAAAUCUGCAUCCUCUUAUCUUCUGGCUCCAUGGAAUACAACUAGUGGCACUUAACUACCAAACAGAUGAUCUCCCUCUGCAACUUAAUGCAGCAAUGUUUGAGGCUAAUGGUGGCUGCGGAUAUGUUUUGAAAGCUCCUGUUCUAUGGGAUAAGAACUGUUCAAUGUACCAGCAGUUUUGUCCUUUAGAACGUGAUCUGGAUAAUGUGGAGCCAGCAAUCUACGCUUUAACAAUUGUGUCUGGACAGAAUGUUUGUCCAAGCAACAGUACAGGAAGUCCCUGCAUUGAAGUUGAUGUACUUGGGAUGCCUUUGGAUAGCUGCCAUUUCCGCACUAAACCCAUUCAUCGUAAUACUCUCAACCCUAUGUGGAAUGAACAGUUUCUCUUCCGAGUUCACUUCGAAGAUCUAGUCCUUCUUCGAUUUGCAGUUGUGGAAAACAAUAGCUCAGCUGUAACUGCUCAAAGAAUCAUUCCGCUCAAGGCUCUAAAAAGAGGAUAUAGACAUGUUCAGCUGCGAAACCUGCAUAAUGAAGCCUUAGAAAUCUCAAGUUUGUUUGUAAGCAGUCGGAGGAUGGAAGAACAUUCCUCUGGAAAUGCUAUGCCUGCCUCCUUGCUGUUUGACACAGAAGAGAGGAGAGCUUCAAUGACAUACAAGGUUACAAUUCAUGGGAUUCUAGGCCCAGAGCCUUUUACUGUUUUUAACAUAAGUGGAGGGACCACAGCAGCACAGCUUCUUCACCAAAUCUUGGCUUCCACAAAGGGCCCUGAAUCAUUAUGUGCAGCAGACUAUUUUUUGAUGGAGGAAAAAUCAUUUAUAUCUAAAGAAAAGAGUGACUGCAAGAAACCACCAUUCCAGAGAAUUAUUGGUCCUGAGGAAGUGCUAAUACAGAUUUUAAAUAGUUGGUUCCCUGAAGAAGGAUACGUUGGAAGAAUUCUCUUCAAAACCCGAGAGGAAAAUUUGAAUGAGAGAAACUUCUUUCAAGAGGAAAAAGAAGAAGCAAAUAUCAGCUCUGAGGAUGAUAGUUUCUUUGUUCAAGUGCACGAUGUUUCCCCAGAGCAACCUCGCACUGUCAUCAAAACCCCCCGAUUUAGCACAGCUCAAGAUGUCAUACAACAGACUCUUUGCAAAGCCAAGUAUUCCUACAGCAUUCUGAACAAUCCCAACCCAAAUGACUAUGUCCUCUUGGAAGAGGUGACAAAAGAGCCAACAAACAAAAAGUCUUCAACACCUAAACCAUCUCAGAGGAUUCUCUCUGAUCAAGAGUGUGUGUUCCAGGCUCAGAGCAAGUGGAAGGGAGCAGGGAAAUUUAUCCUGAAGUUGAAAGAACAGGUUCAGGCAGCACGGGAGGAUAGAAGAAAAGGCAUUUCAUUUGCUAACGAAUUUAAGAAGUUAACCAAGUCAAGUAGGCAGUAUAGAGGUUUCAUAUCACCCCCUCUGCAGACUUCACCAGAUGGUACCCAGAGCAAAGAUGAAAAGUCUGCAUGUAGUUUGACCUUUAGUGACAUCAUGGAAUAACACCCACAAUUAACUGCAAUAUGCUCUAGUCAGGUGAUUAUAAAGCCUUAGAAUGGCAAAACCAAAAAGUCAGAUGGAAGCCAUGAGAAGCAGAGUAAGUGAUGAAGAGCGAUCCCAGUCAUAUUCCCUCUUCUUCCACAAGCCUUUUCCCUUGUUUGAUAACUGGAACCUACAUCACUGAUUACUGAAUUAACACCCCUUUCUGCAGUCGACGUGAAGGAAACUCCUGAGGCCUAGACUACUCAGCAACAGCCUUACCUGCACUAAGUCAUUAGUCCAGACUAUGCUUCCAGAGGCAGAUCUGGGAAUGCAGAGUGGCAUGACAUUGUUUCUAGUGUUUGGAAGGAAGACUCCAGCAUUUGGAAGAGAUUUCUUUCUGCCCCACUGUCUGCAAAGUCUGGAGAGGAGGAUUAAGUAGGCUUUUGGAUUGUUUGUAUGUAAAGCACAUGGCUUUGAACAAAAGAUAUUUUAGUAAAUUGCCUCAAGGGAAACUAAAGGCAGAAAAUUAGAACUAGACUGUUCUGUUUUGUGUAUUAUAGUAAAAUAAUGCACUUUUAACUAAAGGCUCCUGUUAAACACUGUACUAGGUGACUGUAAAAAGAUUUUAAUAUGCUGUAACUUUCGUGGUAUCACAGAUUUAAUUUUGAUGAAUAUAUACAAAAUACUUCAUAGUUAUUUAUGGAUUAUUUACUUUCACAAAAAAUAAUAAUGUAUAGCAGCUAUAUACACCUAACUGGUAGUGAUACUUUGACAAGGAACAAUAUUUUCUUUAUUCAACUUUUAGUUUUCCAGGCCUGUGUUUAAAAUAAAAAUGAAUAUUUAUUUUCAUGUUGCAAGGUAUGUGCCACUAUGUAAUAUAUUUAUCUUACCUUACUUAUUAAAAUUGAAGAAUUCUUAGAGAAAAAUUAUUCACUUUUCUAAUGUUUCUUUUCAAGCAAAAAAAGUAAAUUUAUACUUUUAGUGGCUAAAACUGACCCAAAUUUAAUGGCAUCAGGAAAAAUAAAAUUGCUUAAAAUUUCGCUUCUGAGUUCACACUAAAAUUGUUUCUUAAUAACAUAAUGGAAUGGAUGGAAAAAUAAUUUAAAAUUGUUCAUCUGUAACAUUAGUACCACAGUUCUCUAAGGUAUUUUUUUAAUUGAAGAAAAAUUCUUCUUAAACCCAGAAAGUAUAAAGAACACCUGGACUAUUGGAUUUAUUUUUCAAUAUAAACCUUGCUGCUUUUGUUUACAUAGAAACACUGUUGUAAAGUUUUGUACAUUUGCUGAAAUACUAUUCUUUCAAUAUUUUAAGUAAGUUGUUAGCUAUGGGUGUCUCUUUUCCUUUUGUGCAAGUAAUUAGCAUGCUAAGUGUUAUUAACAGUAAUUCAUACCAACUUGUACACAGCUAAAACAUCCAUCCUAACAGUCUAACUGUGGUGACUAACUUGCUCUGCACACGCAAGUCCCUGAAUGGCAUCUAGGGAGAUAAGUCAUGCAGUCUGAUCAACUGAAAUGUGGAGCAUUCACUGCGUCAGAGGUCUUCUGUCCCUCAACAUGCCCUUCAGCCCUAGCAUAAAAAGCUGCUGUUUCUAAGGAGAUCACAUGUAGUACAGUUAAAGAGAUGUUCACUUAUCAUAUGGAGAAGAGCAAAAGGUCCUGACUGCAAUCUUGUAACAAUCCAGACAAGAUAAAGAGAGGUACUGAAUCCAAGAAAUUUAAAGUCAAACAGAAGAAAGCAAAGUCAUCAGUACAUUUCUAAACAUAAAGGAGAAGCUGCAUGCUGCCACCAGAAACCAAUGUGGGAGUGACCCUCCCCUUGUAUGUGUGCAGAAAGUGCCCUCUUGAGGCCAUUUCCAACUUCUUUAAAAAGUUGGAUAAAUAAAAAAAAGCAAACCUGCUCAUUGCUGGCCUGGCAGCCCAUUCAGCAACUGGCUCCAACACCAAGCAUCAGAACUGAAAGACACUAUUUGGCAAACAGCUUAUUGGUAGAUUUAAAUCUCUCAUUAGCCCACCUGAAAGACGCAGUAAUCUACUAGCUAAGCCUCUUCCAGUAUCUGAUUCCAUUUUGAAAUUUAAGGAAUGAGCAAUAUUUUCAAAUAAACCACUUUAGUUUGCCACUUCUCUAAAAUCACUGAAGAAGAUUAAGGGUAAACUUUUCCAAAUGUCUCAGGAAUAAUGUAGGAACCUAUGUCAGUGACUUUACAUGAGAUUUAAGUACCUAACCUACUCAGGUUUUUAUUUUAAAAAAAAGUGUCUGCAUCGUUACGUGCCAAAAUACCCUUAAAAUCUGGCCUCUGGGUGCUUAUGUCUAUUUUUAAAAUGGAACUUAGGCUCCUAAAUUAUUUAAGCGUGCUUGAAAAUUUUAAGUGACAUCUUCAGAAUCUGAAGCAUCUUAUUUAUUCACUGGCAAAAUGAAUAAAAACAAACAGCUUUCCUUCCCUACCCUCUUCUUCUAAUGCUUGUAAAUUGGAUUCUAAAGUGAUCAGCCCCACUGCUUGUGUGAUGUAUGGGACAUCAGUCUCCACAGGAUUUGUACAAUGCAGGACUGAGAGCAAGUAAAAUGCUAAUGUGACAAAUCAUGCAUAGUUCUAUAUGUACCUUGCCUUUUCUUGGGGUCACAUUUGCAUUGAUACACUGCACAGUUUUAAGUACUGUAACUUUCAUAUGACCUUUGGAUAGAACUCAGAAGAAGGUCAGAUUUUUUAUUUUAUUUUAGAGUUUCUAAGUCUUUUUUCCACUUCUAUCACAGUGGCAGUUUCACACUGUUUAUAACUUUUUUCCUUUAUUGUUUGAAAAAUGCCUUUUCAAGCAUGACACUUUUUUCCUGUAAAGAUUUUACACUUUUCCAUUUGGUUAAUGGAUUUUUAACCCUAUUUCUAAUGGCAAUGAAAACUGGUUUUCAAAGAUGACUAGUUCCUUCCUUCAGGAUCUGGGAAAUAUUAUCAUUAGUGUCAGCACAGGGCUAGGAGAAGCAUCUGUUAAUUUACUAGAGAUCUGGCAGACAGAGCACUCCCAUGGGCAGGCACGUUUCAAACAUUUUCAGUUCCCAUUGAUGCUAGAGUUAGAAAAGGAGGGUGACCCUCUCCAGGUUUUAACAAGCAGGUAAAAUAUUAGCCUAUCAUCUGGUAACCAUUAAAAAAGUGAUAGGUUCGCACUAUUCCCAAUUAGCACACACUAGCUAAGUGCAGAGUGUGAUCUAUUAAUAAAGACACUUUCCUUUGAUAGUUCAGUUAGCCAUGCACUAUUGUCAUGUACCACCCAAGGAAUAACAGCUACUUAUGCUGCUGCACAAUCAUGCCAACAAGGAGAACAUCCUAAUAUUUUGCCUAUACAUUUAAAACAAAUAUGCAUUUAUUUAGAGGAUGGGCAUGCAUAUUUUUUGUGAGGCUAUUGAUGUAAUUUCCAGUUUUUCCCACUCAUUAAGAUACAUAAAUGUUGCUGUUUAGUUUGGUUUUAAAAAGUCAACAGCCAGCACCAGCUGCAUUUUUUGGUCAGUGUUUUCUUUAUUUUUGGACAGAAGAAAUCAGAGGGAAGCAUUCAGUCCCUUUAAAAGACUGUAUAGCGAUAGUGUUUAAGUGUUAAAGAGGCUUUUUUAAUGUUUUAAUUAAUAUAAAAGUAGAGUUGACACUGGGCUGUGGGAUAAAUAGUAAAACUGAUCUUGCUUACCCAGAGAAUUUCUUUCCUCAAGAUUCGUGUCAUGGCAUAUAAACAUUUCUGGUUCUGUCUCCUUCUGCACUUCAGGCUGGGUGCCUGGUCAUGGAAUCUGUGGGUUUAAAUUAAACACAUACAUUCUUACUCUUUCUUACAAAUUACAGGAACUCAUUUUUUAUAGCAGUUGCAAAAAAAAA